AUCGGCAUCUUCCUCCCGCUUUUCAUCCAGGAAGGCGUGAAAACGGAGAACGAUCACAUCAACCUGAAAGUGGCGGGGCAGGACGGCUCCGUGGUGCAGUUCAAAAUCAAGCGGCACACCCCGCUGAGCAAGCUGAUGAAGGCGUACUGCGAGCGGCAGGGCUUGUCAAUGAGGCAGAUUAGAUUCAGAUUUGACGGACAACCGAUUAGUGAAACAGACACACCUGCACAGCUGGAGAUGGAAGAUGAAGACACUAUCGAUGUGUUCCAACAGCAGACAGGUGGAGCUUGUUAAGACGUGCCGUCCUUUUGAGAAGAGGAGUUCAAGGAUCCUCAUCACACCUCACUCUCUCAUCUGUCCUUGGAUUUGCUAUUAAACAGUAAACAAAUGAACAUGCCAAUCACACGGAAUUCUUCUAAACUUUAGAGGACAUUUACCAAAAUUGCUUGUUGUCUUUGACGUACUGCGUGUGCAAGUCAAAACAGUAUCUGCAGGGAUUAAUCUAUAUCUUAAAUUGGGCCAAUUUGAUUUAAGUUCAGAUUAAGUAAUAUGCGUUGUCUCUCUGCUGUUACCUUUUUUUUCCCUUUUUUUUUUCUUUAAACCUGUGGCCUAAAUAUUCAUCCAUGUAUUAGGACAUGGAGUGUUCAUUCCUGGUUCUUGUUGGUCUUGCCCCUCUGUUUAAUUCUAAUCAUGUAAAUAAUUCAGUAUAUUUUCAUGCCAAUUGUGAGCGUAAAAGUUUCCUUUUAAGAUACGCCUAAGAGAAGGAAAAGAGACGCUGAUUUUAAGUUUUUAGUGCGUGUUGCAAACACAGUUACUUCAGAAGCGUUAAGCCUGUGACACGAGGCUGGUACAUGCAGAUACGAUGCUUAGUAUAGAGUUGGAGUUUAAAAUAUUGCAGAUUUACAUGUGCUUUGUCAUAUUAUGAUAAAGUCGUCUGAAAUAUACUUUUUUAAUGCAGAAAUGAGAUUUGUCCUGAAUUAUUGUCAGAACUGGAGUUAGCAGAGCAGCUGGUCCAAAAACGAACACUCAACACUCGUGAUAGAGCAGCAGCAUUUUUUUUGCUGUGCAAGCUUAUAAAAACAGAAACCCAUCACUGCACCAUCAGCUGUUGUUCGCUGAGUGCCGGGCAGAAUCUGUCACCUUUCCUCUACUCUCUUUAGUAUGUCUCUUUAUUUCUCAGUGGGUACUAGAAGUCUGCAGCCUCAGGUUUCUUUUUAAUAUUUGUUUUUGGUAGAUUAACUUGAUAAAUGAAGGGAAAAAAGCGCCUUUUAAUGUCACCAAGCUCUAUGUGCAGGAGAGCUGUCAAGAACCUGGUGAGCAAAAGAAGAGAGGUGUGUGCGUGUCUGUGUGCUUAAAAAAAAAAAAAAA